UCUGCAGGUUUCUCGUACACAAAGAAAGAUUUACUGCAGUCUGAAAUGACAGUGCUAAAAACUCUAGACUUCCAUAUCAACAUCCAAUCUCCUUUCACAUUUGUAGAGAUGCUAUUAGAAGUUCUAGGAUACAAUGGCUGUUCUCUGCCACUAAACCAAGUGUAUGAUAUGAGUGUGAUGGUACUGGAUUUGGUUUAUUUGCUUAGAAAUCCUAUUUAUGACACUGUGCUUAAGUCAACUGUGGACAUACCAACUCCAAGUAAUACUCAGAGGAGCAAAUGUCUGGCUGUGAAGGAAGAUCUAAUGCUUCUGGGUACUGGAGUCAUUGCAGCCAGCACCUAUCUAAUAAGUCCGAAUUCUUGGAAACAGGUUAUGGAACAUUUAAGCAACAUUACAGGAAUCACAGUGAAGUCAAUCUUUGAAAUGUGCUCUGCAAUAUUAAACCAUUCCACUGGAUUCACAGGAUUGAUAAACCACUGA